AUGUCGCUUUUUCGUAAUUUGUUCAGAAAAUUGGCCGACAUUGGUCAGAUUUGUCUGGAUCAAUUGAUUCGUGGUUUCUGGCGUCUUAGUGAAUGGUGUGACUUGGUCACUGUCCAUUGCCUGCCUGGAUCAGGGCCCCUGGAGGCCGUUCGCAAAGCGGCUGAAUGGUCUCUGACGGGAAGUGGCGAUAGCGAAGUGGCUGGUGGGCUGAGCUCACAUCCACGUGGUGCUCUUGUAGAGGCAAAUAAUGGCAAGCCCAAACCACUGAAGCAUCACUUGGCUUGUUUGGUGGUCGCAGAAAUGAGCUCUAAGGGCUCCUUAAUUGAUUCUGCCUAUAAGUCAAAGUGUCUGGAGUUCGCUAAGCAAUACCCGAAUGUCGUAUCAGGUUUCGUAUGUCAAAGCCCCUUCACCAACCUCAGUGAUGCCUAUGCACCUUCGUAUUGGGUACCAGGUCAGUAUAUCGAUGGCCUCUCUGAUCUUGCGUUUUCUCAUAUUUUAACCAUAUGCAACCAACCUUUCUAUCGAUUUCCAGUCGAUUUCGUGCCCCAUUCGUGCAAUGUGUUCCGCUAUUUCGGAUUUUUCCGUAUCCAUGUUCCUGUAGAAUCUUUGAUGUUCCUUGAUUCGUAG